CCUUUUAUUUUUUACAGAUGGAGGAAGCCAAGUUGGGUAGAUCAUCUAAGUUUAAGAGGGUGUGUGUCUUCUGCGGCAGCAGCACCGGGAAGAGGAGCUGCUACCAAGACGCUGCUGUGGAGCUUGGCAAAGAGCUGGUAGCUAGAAAGGUGGAUUUAGUCUAUGGAGGUGGGAACGCGGGUCUCAUGGGACUCGUCUCUGGAGCCGUCCACAGUGGAGGUGGCCACGUUAUUGGCAUCAUUCCCCGAACUCUAAUGCACAAAGAGAUCACUGGGGAGACGGUAGGAGAGGUUAAAGCAGUUGCAAGCAUGCAUCAAAGGAAGGCAGAGAUGGCUCAACACUCUGACGCUUUCAUUGCCUUGCCUGGUGGGUAUGGCACGUUGGAGGAGCUGCUGGAGGUGAUAAGUUGGGCCCAGCUCGGCAUCCACAGCAAACCUGUUGGUUUGCUGAAUGUGGAUGGGUAUUACAACUCACUGCUUGCCUUCGUAGACAAGGCUGUGGACGAUGGCUUCAUCCAGCCUUUCCAGCGCCACAUCAUAGUUUCCUCCCCCAGUGCCAGGGACCUUGUCCAAAAGCUAGAGGAAUACGUGCCCGUCCAAGACGCAGUUGUGUCUCGGCUGAGGUGGGAGAUGGUCGGAUAUAAUUUCUCUCCGCAGACCGAUAUUGCUAGGUAGCAGCAGCAGCGGCAGCGGUAGCGGUAGCGGUAGCAGCAGGAGCUACCUAUCGGCACAAACUUCAAUGAAGGGGCUUUUCUUGGUGGGUUUUGUUCUUUAGUUAUUUUGUCCCGAGGCUUGGGAUGGCAGCCCACUGGUACUAAUUACUCAAUGCUGCAUGUACCCCUCAUCCCUGUUCUCUUCUCUUUUUGAUGUGAUGCUUGCAAGUGUAUAUGUACUAUAAUACUGCCUCUACGUGACCAUACUACAAAGCCAGAAUCAAAAGCAUGCAGCUAUUGACUCA